UCAAUCAAAAAUCAAGGUAUGUUUUUCCAUUGUGUUUUGGUGCAUUUUCCAUAGGUGACAGGAGCCAAAGAAUUCGAGAGGCUUGCUGCCGUCGCCAAGCUUGGUGUUACCCCAUGCAAACGCAGAUGCUGAGAGGGUGUUUUCAGUUGUGGGACUGAACAAAACCAAGAGAAGAAACAGCCUAGCAUUGGAUGGCACCCUGUCCUCAAUAAUGACCAUAAAGAUGGCCAAUCUGGAGCCCUGCUUCAAAUGGAAGCCCCCUCCCGAUAUCAUCAAGGCCUCCAAGAAGGCCACAGGCCAGUAUAACCAUGCCGACAGAUCAUAGACAAGAGGCUCAUUUGAGAUGAGCCAGGUCUGCGCAGAAUCGAUCACCGGCGAUCACCGCCCAAUGCAUGCUGGUUAGAUUUGUGUCCGACUUGAUCCCGACUAUCUCUGAUGUCAUGCACACUUCGGCAACGAUAACCUCAUGAGAUCAAGGCGGCCGCAGUUCUGAGACGCAGGCAGUGCAAUUGCUUUUCACCGACUGCAGGACCCAGGCGGACCCAGGACAAAAUCUCACUCCAAGGUUUUUUGAAAAGUUGGCAGGUAUGUAGAGGAAAAGUGGAUAGCCCAGUACCAGCAGCAACUAGCAGCAGUGACUGUUGAGAUAAUGGCAGCAGUGGAAAAGACGAUAGAACAAGAGCUCUCCCUUUCAAAGGAGAAUGAACGUCUACGGAAACUUCUUCUGGAGUUGGGAGCAGACCCCCAGCAGCUAACUGUCCCUGAAGAGGAGGUUCCCCCUGAGCAGCAGCAGAAAUGGAGCCCCAGUUUGGGGCAGGAGGACCCAGAGCCCACACAGAUUAAAGAGGAACAGGAGGAACUCAGGACCAGUCAGGAGGAAGAGCAGCUUCACAGACUUGAGUCUGAUCCCACAGAUGUUGUAGAGUUCAUAUUUACUGCUCCUCCCUGUGUGGAAAUAGACUCUGAUCAGGACAGAGAGAGGGAGAGGGACUCUCUACCCACCAACACAACUGAACAGAUCCAAACAGAACCUGAUGGAGAGGACUACAGAGUAGCAGAACUAACCAGUGACUCUCUGCUCCUCUCUGCAGUAAAUCCAGACUGUUCUGCAGCUCACAGUAAAAUCAUUUUAAGUGUGGAUGAAGACGAGAGUGAAGAAGUUAUGUCAGAGUUAAAGACCCUCAAAUCAAGGAGGACACAGGCAGAGAAACGACAAAGCUCUCAAGUCUGCCCUGAGGCCAAGACAACCAUAAACGCUAUAAGACACUAG